CAACACUCACAAUCCUCUGCAAUCCUCUCUUUUCUGUACUCCAAUUUGAGAUGGCUGAUGAUUCUCAUCCACAUAAUAAUAGAUUGGAAGAUGUUGCUUUUUGCCCCGUGAUGCUUGUAGUGAGUCUGACCCUGAUAAACAAGAUGGAGUUGGUUCUUCUUGUGUUUGUCAAUAUUCUGAGGCUAAUAUGAUAAAAGCUCUUACUAAAUUCAUUGUUCAAAGUGAACUUUCUUUGAGUUUUGGUAAAAGCUAUGGCUUUGUCAGAUUUGUUCAGACUUGUUCUGUCUUUCCAUCUUACAAAGGAGUUCCUAAAAAGAUCAUUAAAAAAGAGGUUUCGAAACUUUAUCGCGAGUAUAAACAAGCUUUGAUUUCGACUCUUUCGCAACUCCGAUGCAGAGUUUCAAUCAGUUGUCACUACUGGACAACAGAAUUUGGUCUGGGUUUUGUGUGUGUGACUGCUUAUUUUGUUGAUGAUGAUUGGGUGGCUCAAAAGAGAAUUCUUAGUUUUGUGGAAUGUAUGCCGCGUUAUUCAACUUCAUUGGACAUUUUUCUGCUUAUUUCUAAAACUCUUCGGGAUUAUGGACUUCAGAGUAAAGUUCUUUCGAUUAGUUUUGAUGAUGCAUGUUAUGAUGCUGCUGCCAUUGAUAUGUUAAAAUCAGAAUUUCAACCUGUUUUAGAUGGGAAGUUUUUUGGUGUAAGAUGUCCCUGCCAUUAUUUCAAUUUAUUCAUUGACGGUUGUUUGAAAACUUUGCUGCCUAUUGUCGAGAAAAUCGGUGACGGUGUUUCGCAUAUUCAAUUUCAUGGCAAUGCACCUGGUUUCUCAAAGUUGUGUGUUGAAAAAGGUAAAGUUUAUAAAAAAAGGUUUGCACCUGCCAUUACUGAUAAUUGGAGUUCAGUAUAUUCUAUGCUUCAAAGUGUUGCUGGUUUUGAAGAUGUUAUUUCAAUCUAUUGUAACCAAUCUUCUUCUGAGAUUUCGGUAACCGAAACUGAUUGGGAAGCAGGGAAACUAGUCAGAGAUUUUUUGGAAACAUUACAUACCGCGACAUGUUGUUCAGAUACAAGUGAAAACUCAUUGCUCUUUCAUCUGUUAAACAUGCGAUGUUUUUUCAACAAAUACAGAAAUGGUCCAGGUUUUGCAGACAUUAUUGCUCCAAUGGAGAGCAAAUUCAAAGAUUAUUUGCAGCACAUUGAUGCAUUAUACUGGAUACAUCUUGUUAUCGAUCCAAAUAUCCGAUUAUGUGGUGUAGAGUAUUUGUUUAAUGAAAUCAUGCCGGUAAAUGAUGGUACAUCAUUGUUGGAAGAAGUUAAGAACUUGGUUUACUCUAUGUUUUCGAUAUACAUAAAAGGAGAGGAUUGUCGUGUUAGAGCUCUCCUGGCCGAAAAAGCCAAUAGCAGCAAGCAGGGUGGUACUGCAAAAAUAUUAGCUAUGUUGAGGAAGAAACGACCCCAAGAUUAUGAUCAGAGUUUGGUCCCGACAGAAUUGGAUCUGUUUCUCAGAACUGAUUUUGCGUGCCCGCCAAAUGAUGAAGAUGUUUUGUCAUGGUGGAAGUCCACAAGAGUGGGAUUAGUAGUUGUUGCUGCCAUGGCGCGGGAUCUACUCGCCGCAUCAAAGUCAAUGCUGACAUCGAAGGUUUGUUUCGGUGCUAAGAACAAGGUGCUGAAUGAGACAAGAAGCCGAACGAAUGACAGGUAUGUCAAGAUGUGUGUGUGUUUGAAAGAUUGGCUGGAUGCAGAAUUAGGGGUACAAGAGCAAGGGGAAGAAGAUGAUUUCGACUUGGAGUUUGAUGAAGAAGAAUUGAAAGAUUUGUUGAGCUAGAAAUGUGUGCUUGUUUUGUUUUCCUGACAGUUUGAUAACCUGGUUAAAAUGUUGAUGUUGCCUUUUGUUUUAAGUUUAGUAACUUCAGUAUGAAGAAAUAUGUUUAUUUAUUCAUGCUAUGGUAUAAGGUUUAUGCAUAGAUUGGAAAAGAAUUAAGGAGUCAAACUGUUUUUGGAUUUUUGGUUUAAUUGAAAAUUGUUAUGCAU